UUGACUGCUAAAGUACUCUUCUUCUCUGCGCCUCCCUCCCUCUUUCUUUAUAUCUGCGUUUCUCUGUCAUUUCUCCGCCGCCGGCCGACGGGAAGAUGGGGAUUUCCCGGCGGAUCUACUUCCUCGAUGUUCUGGUGCUUUAUCUUUUACUUUCCUUCUCCGCUGCUUACUCCUUCCCUUUCCCCAAAAAGCACACCCACAAAAUCGAAGGCCCUAUCAAAACCAUUGUCGUUGUGGUAAUGGAGAACAGAUCAUUCGAUCACAUGCUUGGAUGGCUGAAGAAGCUCCGCCCCGACAUCGACGGCCUCAACGGCACCGAAUUCAAUCGCUACAACGCUUCCGACCCGAAUUCCGGAGCUGUGCGCGUCUCCGACGACGCGCUCUUCGUUGAUUCCGACCCUGGUCACUCCAUCCAGGCCAUGAGAGAGCAGAUUUUUGGAGGUACUGAUACGUCCUCGAAUCCAGCUCCGAUGAAUGGCUUUGUGCAGCAGGCGGAUAGCAUGGAGGUCGAAGGUAUGCCCAAAACUGUGAUGAGCGGCUUCAAGCCGGAGCUAGUCCCUGUCUACACCGAAUUAGCCAACGAAUUCGCGGUUAUGGAUCGGUGGUUCGCUUCGGUCCCGGCCUCGACUCAGCCAAAUCGACUCUACGUUCACUCCGCGACUUCCCACGGCGCCUCCAGCAACGUCCGGAAGGACCUCAUCCAUGGCUAUCCGCAGAAGACCAUUUUUGACUCUCUGGACGAAAAUAACCUCAGCUUUGGGAUAUAUUACCAGAAUAUCCCCGCCUCUUUGUUUUUCAAGAGCCUCAGGAAGCUCAAGCAUAUCAUCAAGUUCCAUAAUUAUGCUUUGAAGUUCAAACUUCAUGCUAAACUAGGGAAACUCCCAAACUAUGUUGUGAUCGAGCAACGGUACAUGGAUGUCAAGCUUUUUCCCGCGAAUGACGACCACCCUUCACACGAUGUGGCGCGUGGGCAGAAAUUUGUCAAGGAGGUGUACGAAACGCUGAGGGCGAGUCCGCAGUGGAAGGAGAUGGCGUUGCUGAUCACUUAUGAUGAACAUGGUGGGUUCUAUGAUCAUGUGCCGACACCAGUUUCUGGUGUGCCCAACCCAGAUGGGAUCAUUGGCCCGGAUCCCUAUUAUUUUAAGUUCGAUAGGCUUGGCGUUCGUGUGCCGACGUUCUUGAUUUCACCUUGGAUUGAGAAAGGCACUGUGAUUCAUGAACCAAGUGGCCCAACUCCAACUUCGCAAUAUGAACACUCAUCCAUACCUGCUACUGUGAAGAAGCUUUUCAAUCUCAACUCAAACUUUUUGACUAAACGAGACGCAUGGGCUGGAACUUUUGAGAAAUACUUUUACUUGCGGGAUACUCCAAGGGAUGACUGCCCAGAGAAGCUUUCAGAAGUAACAACAUCAUUAAGGCCAAGAGGACCAAUUGAAGAUCUUAAACUGUCAGAGUUCCAAAUCGAACUGAUUCAGCUGGCAUCACAACUCAAUGGCGAUCACAUCCUGAAUACCUACCCGGAUAUCGGAAGAGGCAUGACUGUGGGCAUGGCUAACCGGUACGCAGAGGAUGCAGUUAAAAGGUUCUUGGAAGCCGGCAGGGCAGCUUUGAAGGCCGGAGCCAAUGAAUCUGCAAUCGUCACCAUGAGACCCUCUUUAACUAGCCGACCUGAGUACUCCGACAGUCAUCCCUCUUUCUGAUCGAUCUCUUUCCGGCUGUUCCUUCCGCCAUUGCUGUGUUGGAUGAGGUAGGCCUUAUGCAAACAGCUACAUAUAUAUAUUAGUACAUAUUGCUACAGAUAGAUACAUGCUUACACUUGUAUAGAUAUUUGGAAUGGUGGCUUAGAUUCUGAACCACGUGCCUAAUAGGAAUGUUCUACUUUCUGUAUCAUUACCACUACAGUUAUGCUGUUUUUACAUAAAUAAAAAAAUAUUAGGGCCAGUUGAUGAAAUUUGUAUAAUAUUGAACGCCUUGCUGAAUUUUUAACGUGUAUGUUCAACAAA